AUGAAUACUUCAGUGUCCAGCUUCAACAAACUACAAGUACCAACUGGCUUACUAGAUGCUCAAGCCUACGAACUUUUCUCCGUGAUUUUCCUGUUCGCACUUGUGAUUCCUAUCACAGUAUUUGGCCUUGUUUCCAACGUUGUGAACAUCGUAAUUUUUCUAAAGAUAGGUCGAGACGACCCCGUGUCCAUCUCAUUCCUGGCUUUGUCCGUGUCCGAUUUGACCUACUUACUCAUACUGGCCUUCACAUCUGUCAGUAAUGGUUUGGUCCUGUAUGACGUCACGGGCACGACAUCAUUGACGCCACUCGUCUAUUACGUCAUCUGGUACGCGUUAAUCUUCCACAAAACGUCUGCUCUCAUCACGACCUACACCUCUGUGGCCAGGUGCUGUUGCGUCGUUAUCGCUCUCAAAUUCCGCCACUUCUUCACCCUGAAAAGGACGUACAUCGUCCUGGUUGCGAUUUUCCUUAUCGGAAUCGGCCUGCACGUUCCGCCGAUCGCCACCCAAGAGCUGACAUGGUCAAGGUAUCGAGUGAGUAGAGGUAUUAACAAAUCCAGUGUUCUUGUGUCUGGAUUCACCUUGAAGAGACUGGCUGGGUUCCGCGAGAGUAAGUCUGUUCACGACACACUCAAUAACAACGCUCUUCUCUACACAUGCGUCGCCAUCUCUUUCGUUUGUCUGCUCGCUUUGGUAAACGCGCUCAGAGCAUCCGCGACUUUCCGUCAAGCUUCUACCGUUGUGACAUCAACUUCUGCAUCGUCAUCCUCAUCAUCACAUGACCACACCCCAAGAAUGACGUCACCAAUAAAUACGCAAACCCCACCAUCAUCAAAGCUAGUACAAUCUGAAAAAGAGAAGACAUCACACGGAGCGCUGAACGGGAAGGAGAUACAAGUGAUCAAAGCGGUGACCCUUGUGUGCGCCAUUUUCUUGCUCUCGAAUGUCCCGGUGAUCCUCAACUCUCUCGCGCGCCUCGCGGUGCCGGACUUCGACCUGGGCCGGAGGUUCCACUAUCUGUUCAUCGUCUGCUCCACCACGGGGACGUUUUGCGGCUAUUUCAGCGCUGCCAUCAACAUUGUGGUCUACUUCCAGUUCAAUUCAAGGUACAGAGACUGCCUCACCUCUUUCAUCAGUGGAAAAACCGGAGGGUCAAAAAAGAAAUAA